AUGGAAGAAUCUACCAUAAUGAAAGAGAAGAGAACCAAGCGGCAAAGGCAUCACCUUUUGCCCCACGUAGUAUCAUAUGUAUUGUCUCCAACAACCUGCGCGGAGAUUUCUAAGAGCCCAAAUGAGGAGGAAGAAGACAUGGCUAAUUGUCUCAUACUCCUUGCCGGAGGUGGAUACAAGCCAAAGCUCAACGAAAGAGAGGAAGCGACCACCGCCGUGAACAUUACGAGCGGGCGAGUCACAGAGCCGGCAAACACCACCGGCAGCAAGGCUGGAAAUAAUGUCCACCAAUGCCGAGAUUGCAAUUUGUGCUUUUCCUCACAUCAGACGCUUGGCGGGCAUCGUGCUAGCCAUAAUAAAAAAUCGAAGCUUUCGAUUCCCCUCACGUCGGGGGUGAUGAAUGUGAAUUCAAUUCAAUUGACCGUUAACUCGUUCUCUUUGUCAGCCACGAUCAAGGUUAAAAGCCACAAAUGUUCGGUCUGCAGCAAUUAG